CCUGUGUGCCGUGACGACGGGGCGGGUCUGGCCCGAGGCCUGGGUAGAGGCCUGGGGCUGCUCUGCAGCCUCAGAGCUCUGAGAGAUUUAGAUCUUGGUUGGAUACGCUGAGCUUCCUACCAGGCCAGACUCAACCGAGCCCAGAGCAUGUUCCAGAUCCCAGAGUUUGAGCAGAGUGAGCAGGAAGACUCCAGCCCUGCAGACAGGGGCCUGGGCCCCAGCCCCACAGGGGACAGACCCCCAGGCCCCAGCAAGCCCUGGCGCACGGCCCCAGGCCACCUGGGGGAAGCUGGUCACCAGCAGGGGCAGCCGGCCAGCAGCAGCCACCAUGGAGGCGCUGGGGCUGUGGAGACCCGGAGUCGCCACAGCUCUUACCCAGAGGGGACCGAGGAGGAUGAAGGGACUGAGGAUGAGGAGCUCAGCCCCUUCCGCGGCCGAUCGCUCUCGGCGCCCCCCAUCCUCUGGGCUGCACAGCGUUAUGGCCGCGAGCUCCGGAGGAUGAGUGACGAGUUCCAGGGUUCCUUCAAGAAGGGACUUCCUCGCCCGAAGAGCGCGGGCACAGCGACGCAGAUGCGGCAAAGCCCCAGCUGGAAGCGCUUCAUCCAGUCCUGGUGGUACCGGAACUCGGGGAGAGGGGGCCCCGCCCCCUCCCAAUGACCAUCCGUCCCACACCGCCGCUGGCGGCCAUCCUGGGAAUGGGCGGAAGUCUUUUCUGCAGGCGUCCUUGCAAAAAGAGCCGUUUCGUCCCUUUCGGAAGAAGGCAGUGUGACCCAGAGGCUGAUUCCCUUCCUGUGUGUGCGAGGACCGCGGAAGGGCUCGACCCUCAUCGGAAGUUUUGAAGUUUUUCCGCCCUUAGCUGCCGGAAGUGGCCCUGUGACCCCGCCCCCGGCGCUGGGCUGCCGCAGGCGCCUGCGUCCGUUGCCAGCCGAGAUUAACCCUAACGCCGCCAGAGUCCUUUGCUCAGAGGGAAAGCCGCGGGCCGAUGCUCGCUAGGAGACGUGCUAAUAAAGCCCGCGUGUGUGCCCUGGA